GCCAAUUGUGAUCGAGCGCUUCUACGUGAAUUUUUGCAAAUUUAAUAAAAAAUUAUAAAAAUUGACAGAUCCUUUUAAGUGUUUUUUUUUCGCUACAAUUCGCGCGCAUGGUCCACUCAAUCGUCAACAGCGAAUUCCAGCGAAAGUGUAGUGCCUUGCAACAGAAACUUAUCACAUAUAUUGAUCGUGUUUCAGCACCACUGACCAUGGAGAAUGUUCGCUUUUCCAUUAUUGAGAACGAUCUCAAAUGGAAUUCGGAGAGCCAUGAAACACACGAUCUCUUCUUCGACAAGCGUAGCAUCUCCAGCGAGAGUAGCAACAAUAGUGAUGCGGUCUUUAGCGAUGAGGCGCAUGAGAUAUUCUUGUGGCAACAACAACAUCAAAUGAUCUGGGAUCAGCACGAAAUCGAGGAGACACUUAGUCUGGUCCCCAAUUCGCAUGGCAUAUUUGCAAUGGUCAAAACAAAUUGUUUUCAAGAACAUGGUGCUGAUAUAACAGCACGUACGAUGGGUAAUGUAUCUGCUUUGUCAUUCAUUGUACGACGUACGCCAGAGAUUAUACCGAAACUUACGGCCAAAAUGGACAAUUCCAUUAAAGUAAACGACCAUGAAAUCGGCGACGUUGAUUGUGAAAUCAAAUUGGAUUUUCGUCUCUUGGUGCCGCCUACUUCAUUGGAACGCGGCGAAACUGAAUUGCUGUUGUCGUUGAUCGAAGUUGGACAGAAACGUUUACUUAUGCAUCCAUUGUGUGAAACUUUUCUUUUUCUCAAAUGGCGACGUAUACGUAAAUUCUUUCUGAUGAGCCUCUUUUAUCACGCUAUCUAUGUAAUACUCUUCACAAUGUAUAUUGUUGGUGUAUAUGCGCGCAAUUGUGAUAAGAAUCCGAAUUGUGAAGCUCCUGGAUAUAUAUGCACAGUGGGCUAUUUUGUUAUUAUACUGAAUUUAAUAUUAAUGGGCAAAGAGAUUUUUCAGAUGGCUCACGGCUUACAAGGUUAUGCGAAAUAUUGGGAAAAUUGGUUGCAAUGGGCUAUUGUAUUCGGUGUCUUGCUUUGUGUGACGCCUGAAAUUUUAGUGCCCAGUAAUUUGUUGGCGGUGCCUAUGUGGCCCAUUGUUGUGCUUUUGGUUUGGUUGGAGUUAAUGAUGUUGGUGGGGCGUUUUCCGAUAUUCGGCGUUUACGUGCAGAUGUUUACGAAAGUUGCUGGCAAUUUUUGUAAAUUUUUAUUGGCCUACAUCUGCUUGUUAAUCGCCUUUUGCCUCAGCUUCUCAGUGCUGUUCAACGACUAUCCACCUUUCGAAAAUAUAACUUGGUCACUACUCAAAGCCAUCACUAUGAUGUCCGGUGAAUUAGAGUUCGAAGAUAUAUUUUACGGCGAUGCACCAGUGAAAUUUCCUGUCACCUCACACAUUCUAUUUCUCUGCUUCGUACUACUCGUCACCGUUAUACUCACCAAUCUGAUGGUAGGCUUGGCUGUCAGCGAUAUUCAGGGUCUACAAGUAUCGGCCACCUUGGAUCGAUUAGUGCGUCAAGCAGAAUUAAUUUCGCGACUAGAAAGUUUAUUCUUUUCUCGCCUACUACGACGUGCACCCGUCAAAUUGCUGCAACUUUGCAAGCGCAGUGCAUUACUGCGCACCUCCCGCAACAAAUUGUUGUUCGUGACGCGUCCCAACGAUCCGCGCGAUAACCAGUUACCCGAGGAUAUCAAGUUGAAUAUCUACAAACUGGUAGCUGAACGGCGUGAUCGCAACUUGAGUUUACGUCGACGCAAACUCGAAAGCAAUUACAACAUGUUCAAUCAGAGUUUACAGCGUCAGUAUGAGGAAAAGAAGCGCUUUACGGCCAUACCAGUAGGGCUGACGACGGCUGAUAAAACGACGACGCCAAUUUCCGCAUCAAGGAACAAUAUAAAUGUGAAUAAUAAAAAAGUGGGUAAUAACUUGAAGGAACCGUCGCACAUAAUGUCGACGCCAUUGCGUGAAAACGAUUGCCUACUCCGACCACGUUCGGCUACCAAUGUGCACGAUCAAUUGAUGGCCGAAAGUGAAGUGGCCGUUAAACUGAAGAGUCAGGUCAAUGGCAUUUCAGAUGUGCGCGCCGAAGUGCUUUCUCUGCGCGAACAACUGCGUGAGAUCGGUCACAAAUUGGACAGUUUCGCAGAGAGCGCUAGCAAGAAGCUGACCUUUACAGCUGAGGAAAUGUGUCGAAUAAAAAUUCAUCUUGAACAGAAAGCAGCCUUUCAGUGUUGACGAUCAGCGUCGGUAUCGUGUCUUAAGAUGAAAUGGCACUGCUGCUCAGUAUUCUUAAUAAAAAACGAGCUUUAAUAUGGUUUUAACGAAAAUACGUAAUCGAUUUAAUUACAUAAAUAGGCUAUAAAAAAGCAAUAACUGUGUUAAAUGUUAAUAUCUUUCUAGUGGAGCGUGCAAUAUUUAUUAGUUAUUUUUUCAAUGAAAUUUUGUAUAUCAUUAAUUAGGCUACAGUCAUACUCAAAAGUAUACCUACACAAAAAAUCGUGAGUGUGUACAAGCUUUUUUUUCAUCCAUAAAAUACAUCUGCAGUGUUCAAUCAAAAUAUUAACUCAUAUAGUCAAUAAUAAAACUUGCAUAUGACCUUCUAAA